AUGGAUAAAGACUUGCAUGAAGUACUGCCAGCUACAACUACCCAGCUUAAGAGCAUUCUUCAUAGUAUUUUGUCUGAUGAAGAUGCGGAGAAGCUAUCGACAUCUGUGAUUGUAUCAGUUCAUGAUAAUGCUACCGAGUGCAUUACUUCUGGUGCCAAAAAUGAAAGAGACUAUGAAGGUAAUUUAAGAACUUAUAGUGAUUAUGCCAGUUUUGUCUUUCUUUUCCACCAAAAUCUUCAUUUGGAAAAUGAUAUAACAUUUUUAUCUAAAGAACAUUUCGGUCGGAUCAACCUCCCGUUCACUAUUCUGAACAAUUAUUACAUGCUCGAAAUUGCGCAAGUUCUGAGCAAAAUA